AUGGACGUACAUCCAAAACUAUUUAGCAUAGGCGGUGAAGCCGCUCGAGGCAAAAAACGAGCAACCUCCUGCCAAAACAAAACCGAUCAAGGUUGCAACGUGAUGGUCCAAGCCUUCUUCAAACUAGAAGAAGUGACCUUCGACGAAGAAGACUUGGUUAUUACAAGAGGACAUUUGUGGAAGGAGAUUAGCUGA